AAACACCGCAGCAUUUCGAGCAGAACGUGAUCUCAUUUUUUACAGACCACUUGGAUUCCUUUAUUAUUAUUUGCAAUUGUGCAACAACGUUGAUAGUUUUGCCAGUAAUUUAAUUAGCUACCAGGAAGAAAGGAGACCGGAAGCAAAGUUCCUCUACCUAAACUGGUGAAACUGCGUGCUUUCAUUGGCUGGGGAAAAUCAACGUAAUUAACAGAUCAUUUGAACCGCUUUCUUCGUUUGUUUUUUAAACAAUAGAAGAAGAACCGUCGGGUGAACCUAUAUCAACGGUGAAAGAAGAUUCAAAAGUAUCUUGAUGAAAAUAAGAGUCAACUGAAGAAAUCGAAGAAGAACAAACACGGGAUUUUUCACGAAAAGUAGAUAGAAAGUCCACUAUUCUGUGAGAAAACUUCGACGAGGAUGGAUCUGGUUUACAUUCCUGAGGUCUUGACCUACGGCUUUUUCAGGGCUCCUCAAUACCGUGACUACGAGCAGCCCUGGAAUACAGAUUACUUCAGUUAUGAUAAAACAACACAAGCGCACUCGCAACGAUUACCGCAACAACAUCAUCAACAAAAGCUAUCAUCGAAGGAGAAUUGUUAUUUGUGUCGAGAAAAUAAAAGAAGAAGCCUAGCCGCUUAUAUCAGGGGAAAAUCGCGAAAGGGUUCUUGCCAUGAGAUCCAUGAAGAAGAAGAAGACGAUGUCGAUAGUAUUAAAGAAGAGAAUACAAGCAAUGAUCACACGUCGAAACAAAUAUUAAAAAAUGGUAAUGAACGUUCAGUGAUCAACGAUAAAAAUGAAAGAAAGUAAAGUGUUGUUUACGCAACGAUACCUUUUCUAACAAAUCGUGUGUAAAAAUAUACUGUUAAACUCAUAGGACAUAUUUUAUAUGUCGUAACUUUAGAAUUAUAACUAUUAUUUAUUUAGAAUAGGUAUUUUUAUAAAGAGUAACAUUUUCAAUUUACACCUGUAUCGAUAGUAGCUAUAGUAUCAUCACUUCAUGCAUAAGUAAUAACUUAUUUUCAUAUUUUAUGAUCACAUCUUACGGUCAAAUAUAUUUUGUUAAUGAAUAACAAACAAUAAAAUAAUUGUUUGAUUUAAUAGUA